GGCUCUGGUUGGGAUUUUUCCUAUAGUGCAACAGGUUUUUGUACUCAUUGCUCUAUUUAAUGUGCUGCAAGUAAUAUUUGGAUGAAUCAGCAAUGAAAACUUGUAUGAUGAGCACUGGACCGAUUGAGAAUAGCAAUGGUGCAAGCGGCACAAGGAGCAGAUCGGGUCGCGAAAGGGAUACCUCAAUUCUAAUUCGAAAUUUGCCUGUGCCCGAUCGACAGCGAUUAUGCCAACAUUUGGAUUCAUUGGACGUUUGGCUGCAAUUGGCACAGUUCGUAAAACUUCAUCCGGAAGAUGUGGAAAAGAUACGGCAUAAAAUGCGACUUGGUUUCUCUCCAUCUGACGAGUUUUUAACUGUAUGGGGCGGGCAAUACGAUCAUAGUGCCUAUAAUCUGUUUGCCCUUUUCCAAAAAAUGUCACUUCACCAUGCCAUGCGGCUGAUCAUGGAUCACGUCGAUGAAAAAUAUCACAAAUACAUUCCAAAAAGUAUGCCUACAAUAAGUGAGCUUCGGAGACCUGCGACCAACUCGAAAAUUAAUAACGGACCGCCCUUUGCCUCCUCAUCCGGCGUCAGUAAUUCCAACAACAAUAGCAUGACCUCAGUUAGCAACUCUAGCACUCAGCAAGGCCUGGAAUCUAAACAGAGUGAGAUCUUAGAUUCGAUGGCCGAUAUUGGAGCAAGUGCUGUGCAACAUGUUGCCAAAUCAUCGCUCGAAAUCGACUACCAAGAGCUCGUGUGCGCUACAAACAAUUUUAGUCCCAGCAAUAAAUUAGGGCACGGGGGCUUUGGCGACGUUUACAAGGGCUACUGGAAACAGAUCAAUGUAGCCAUAAAAGUAAUGAAUUAUCGGCAAAAAAAUAAUCAAGUCAAUGGGCAAAUCGAACUGCGCCAAAGUUAUACCGAACUGAAAUACUUGAGCACCAUUAGAUACGAUAACAUUCUAGCACUUUAUGGUUUCAGCAUUAAUGGCGACAAGCCAUGUUUGGUUUAUGAGCUUAUGAUUGGUGGUUCCCUGGAGAGCCGCUUGAAAUGGUAUAGAGCGAAACCGCAACCAUUAAUACCGUUGACCUGGGCAGAACGUUUCAGAAUUAGUUUGGGCACAGCGAAGGGAAUUUAUUUUCUACACACUGCACGAACUACGCCGCUCAUACACGGUGAUAUUAAACCGGCAAAUAUUUUAUUAGACAAAUGCGGACUACCGAAAAUCGGAGAUUUUGGAUUGGCACGUGAGGGGCCAAAGUCUUUAAACGCAACCAUGAAGGUGAAGCAUGUAUUUGGAACGCGUUUCUAUUUGCCACCAGAGUUUCUGGAGUCGAAUAAACUCAGUACUGGCGUAGAUAUUUAUAGUUUUGGGAUAGUGCUGAUGGAGGUUUUCACGGGCCGUUUUGUCAUGGAACAUGGUAUAGAAAACUCUCAAAAGAAUUCACUGAUGUAUGUCAAUGAAAUCAGAUCGCAAUUCCAAGGAAACCGAUUACAUCUGUUUGACAAUCGUAUUACGGCACCCGUAGGCGAUGAUCUCGAGAGGGCAACAUGUGCCAUAAAUGUGGGCCUGCAAUGUACGGCCACAAACCCGCAGGAGCGACCUUCCAUGGACGAAGUUGUUAAACGGCUUAAAGUGUACUGCGAUGAUUUUUAAGCAGACAUAUACCAGAAUAAAUGUGCUGUAUUGCAAAGCA